UUGCGCGGGCGUCUCAGGCUCCGGGCCCCGGCGGCAGCGGCUCUUUUGUUUCCCCGCCGGAGCCCGAGUCAGACCCGAAGCUAGGGUCUGAGCCCCGGUCGAGACCGGGUUGGAGUCGAAUCGCGUCCGCAUCCCGGGCUGCCCGAUGGGGUGCGCCCCCUGCCUACCGCCCCCGGUCUGUGCCGUCGCCUGAGCCCCGGCCUGCCUGGCCCCGUCCGCGCCAUGGAGCCCGGUCGCGGCGGCCUGGAGGCCGUGGGCAAGUUCGAGUUCUCGCGCAAGGACCUGAUUGGGCACGGCGCUUUCGCCGUGGUCUUCAAGGGGCGCCACCGCGAGAAACACGACCUGGAGGUCGCCGUCAAGUGCAUUAAUAAGAAGAAUCUCGCCAAGUCUCAGACUCUCCUAGGGAAAGAAAUAAAAAUCCUCAAGGAACUGAAACAUGAAAACAUCGUGGCUUUGUACGACUUUCAGGAAAUGGCCAAUUCCGUCUACCUGGUCAUGGAGUACUGUAACGGCGGGGAUCUGGCCGACUACCUGCACACCAUGCGCACACUAAGCGAGGACACCAUCCGGCUCUUCCUGCAGCAGAUCGCGGGUGCCAUGCGGCUCCUGCACAGCAAGGGCAUCAUCCACCGGGACCUAAAGCCCCAGAACAUCCUGCUGUCCAACCCUGGCGGGCGUCGCGCCAACCCCAACAACAUCCGGGUCAAGAUUGCCGACUUCGGCUUCGCUCGGUACCUGCAGAGCAACAUGAUGGCAGCCACACUUUGUGGCUCCCCCAUGUACAUGGCCCCAGAGGUCAUCAUGUCCCAGCACUAUGACGGGAAGGCAGACCUAUGGAGCAUCGGCACCAUCGUGUACCAGUGCCUGACAGGGAAGGCACCGUUCCAGGCUAGCAGUCCCCAGGACCUCCGCCUCUUCUAUGAGAAGAACAAGACGCUGGUCCCCACCAUCCCCCGGGAGACCUCGGCCCCACUGAGACAGCUGCUCCUGGCUCUGCUUCAGCGCAACCACAAAGACCGCAUGGACUUCGAUGAGUUUUUCCAUCACCCCUUUCUGGAUGCCAGUGCCGCUGUGAAGAAGUCCCCUCCUGUGCCCGUGCCCUCAUACCCGAGCUCGGGGUCUGGCAGCAGCUCCAGCAGCAGCUCCACCUCACACCUGGCCUCCCCACCGUCCCUGGGGGAGAUGCAGCAGGAGCUCCAGAAGACCCUGACCUCCCCAGCCGAGGCCGCCGGCUUCCUGCAAGGCUCCCGGGACUCAGGCGGCAGCAGCAAGGAUUCAUCCUGCGACACCGACGACUUUGUCAUGGUCCCGGCCCAGUUUCCAGGUGACCUGGUAGCUGAGGCAGCAGGUGCCAAGCCACCACCGGACAGCCUGAUGUGCAGUGGGAGCUCGCUGGCAGCCUCCACUGGCCUGGACAGCCGUGGCCGGACCCCAUCUCCUUCCCCGCCCUGUGGCAGCUCCCUUAGCCCCUCAGGCCGGACCGGCACGUUCUCCAGCAGCAGAUGUGGGGCCUCUGUCCCCAUCCCAGUCCCCACGCAGGUGCAGAACUACCAGCGCAUUGAGCAGAACCUGCAGUCACCCACCCAGUAUCAGACAGCGCGGUCCUCUGCCAUCCGCAGGUCAGGCAGCACCAGUCCUUUGGGCUUUGCACGGGCCAGCCCAUCACCCCCGUCCCAUGCUGAGCACGGAGGCGCCCUGGCCAGGAAGCUGUCCCUGGGUGGGGGCCGGCCCUACACACCGUCUCCCCAGGUCGGAACCAUCCCUGAGCGGCCAGGCUGGACCGGAGCACCUUCCCCUCAAGCAUCUGAGAUGCGGGGUGGCAGGUCCCCUCGUCCAGGCUCCUCUGCGCCUGAGCACUCUCCCCACACCACAGGGCUGGGCUGCCGCCUGCACAGCGCCCCCAACCUGUCCGACCUGCAUGUCGUCCGUCCCAAGCUGCCCAAACCCCCCACGGACCCACUGGGGGUAGCGUUCGGCCACCCGCAGGCCAGCCCCCCCCAGCCCUCCCACGGACUUCAAUCCUGCCGGCCCCUGCGCGGCUCACCCAAGCUGCCCGACUUCCUGCAGCGGAAUCCCCUGCCUCCUAUUCUGGGCUCCCCCACCAAGACUGUGCCCGCAUUCGAGUUCACCAAGACCCCCAGCUCCCAGAAUCUGCUGACCCUCCUGGCCCGGCAAGGCGUGGUCAUGACACCACCACGGAACCGGACGCUACCCGACCUCUCCGAGGCAGGGCCCUUCCAAGGGCAGCAGCUGGGCCCUGGCCUGCGGCCCACAGAGGACACCAAGGGCCCCUUCGGAAGGUCCCUCAGCACUGGCCGCCUCACAGAUCUGCUCCUUAAGGCUGCGUUUGGGACGCAGGCUCCCGACUCAGGCAGCACGGACAGCCUGCAGGAGAAGCCCAUGGAGAUUGCGCCCUCUGCUGGCUUCGGAGGGAACCUGCACCCAGGAGCUCGCGCUGGGGGCGCCAGCAGCCCUUCCCCCGUAGUGUUCACAGUGGGCUCACCCCCCAGCGGGACCACGCCACCCCAGGGCCCCCGCACAACCAUGUUCUCAGUGGGCUCCUCCAGCUCCCUCAGCUCGGCCGGCUCCUCCUCUGCCCGCCACCUGGCGCCUGGGGCCUACAGUGAGGCCACCCUCGAGGUCCCCGCCCCUGGCCACUGCUGCAGCUUUGCCGACCCUGUCACCGCCAACCUGGAGGGGGCCGUGACCUUCGAGGCCCCCGACCUCCCCGAGGAGACCCUGAUGGAGCAAGAGCACACGGAGAUCCUGCACAGCCUGCGCUUCACGCUCGUCUUUGUCCAGCACGUCCUAGAGAUCGCGGCUUUGAAGGGCAGCGCCAGCGAGGCGGCCGGGGGCCCUGAGGACCAGCUGCAGGAGAGCGUGGUGGCCGACCAGAUCAGCCUGCUGAGCCGCGAGUGGGGUUUUGCAGAGCAGCUGGUGCUCUACCUGAAGGUGGCCGAGCUCCUGUCCUCGGGCCUGCAGACCGCCAUUGACCAGAUCCGGGCUGGCAAGCUCUGCUUGUCAUCCACCGUGAAGCAAGUGGUGCGGAAACUGAAUGAGCUGUACAAGACCAGCGUAGUGUCCUGCCAAAGCCUGAGCCUGCGGCUGCAGCGCUUCUUCCUGGAUAAGCAGCGGCUCCUGGACCGCAUCCAGAGCGUCACUGCUGAGAAGCUCAUCUUUAGCCACGCAGUGCAGACGGUGCAGUCGGCCGCCCUGGACGAGAUGUUCCACCGCCGGGAGGACUGUGUCCAGCGCUACCACAAGGCCCUGCUGCUCAUGGAGGGGCUGCAGCAGAUUCUCACGGACCAGGCGGACGUGGAGAACAUCGCCAAGUGCAAGCUGUGCAUUGAGCGGAGACUCUCAGCCCUGCUGACCGGCAUCUGUGCCUGACCUCUUGGAGGCCCAGCCUGUGGUGCCGAAAGGACUGGACCUUCUCUGCAGAUCCAUGGGGCGGGGAGCAGUGUGCUGGCCGGGCUAAAAGAGACAAGCCUGUGGCCUUGACACUGCUUGCUGGUGCUGGGGAAAGGACCUUGGCUCCCCACCCAGCGACCAGAGCCAGGCCUCAAGCCACGUCUCCAUCUCCUGGGCUCCUCUGCCAUGGACUUCAGGGUGGUGGAGGGCCCCACCCAGAACCUCAGCACAGGCCAGUCCCCUGGCCUGCCUGACGGGCAGAACUCCUAGCCCAGCCAGCAAUCUGAAGUUUUCUCUCAGCUGCCUUGAUGGCAGGUGGGGAUGCGUGGGCAUCCCCCGACCCCACCCAGACCCCAGGGCUGUCAUGUUGAAGACAGAGGCCCUGAAACCAUGAUGCCCACUCAAGCCAAAGCCGCCAGGCCUGCCCAGUGGAUCCACCCAGGAAAAGGUGUAUCCUCCUGGCUCCCUCCUCUGCCCUUCCCUGAGACCACCACCCAGCUUUGUGAAUCACCCAGCACUUUAUGCAGGCGGACUGGACCCGGGGCUGCCACUUGGUCCCGGCUGUUGCACUAUGAAGCGUGUGUGCACACCCGUAUUCUCAUGUACGUGUAUAAACAGCCCCACGAGCACAUGUUCUGUGCCCGCCGCCCGGGACCCUCUUCGGGAGACAGCCGUCUUAUUUAAAUGUUCUUUUAGGGACGGACAGUACGAAGCACCGAGCUUCCAAAACCCAGCACAGACGUUGCAGUCUUUCACAUUUUUCUCCUAAAACGUGUCUUAUUUUCCGUAACUUUUUUUUUUUUAAGAAAUCUCAUACGAGUUGAUGUUUCGUUUUGAAAGGGUGGGAACAGGGCAGGGACAGCCUUGGCAGCGAUGUCGAGACCUGGGGGUCUGAUGGUGCUAGGCGCGUGUGGUCUGCGCUUAGCUGUCUGCCCCACCCUCACCCUCGCUUCCUGCCUGAAGAUGGUGGGCAGGUGAUGACCGUUAUUAGUGCAAAAGCCUCCCAGUCCAGCUUUCACAGUAGGUUUUAACAUCAAGUCACCCCCCACACACCCAGGUCCUGGCCACAUUUGAGUGGUUGGCGGAAAAGCCCUUGUCUAGGCCCUAGGGUGCCCUUCCCUGAUCUGCCCACCGUGCCCAACUCCUCUCAAACCUGUUCACAAGGAUGCAGAGGGGGCCCCAGUCCAUCACCCACAGCUUUGAGAUCUCACCCCAGGCCCAGGUGAAGAUCCUCAUUUUCUCUCUCGGUGAUACUUGAAAUCUUGCCUCUGUGCUUGGACUGAAAAGCCGCAAGCAGCCCUGGGACCCCUUUGUGUCUCAUCACCAGUGACUUGAGUUUCUCCUCUAACACAGAAUGUGUUCGUAUUUAUUGCUUUAUGAUCAGCUGGAAUCAGGGCCCACUGGGAGGCCAGCGCCAUGGGAGUAGCCACUUGCAGCUCUGUUCGCUGCCAGCCUCCCAGGGCACAGGGUGCGUGCUGCCAGCCUGUCCAUUUCUCCAUGACACAGCUCUCCCCUUGAUCUACCUUAAAAGACGUUUUGUGUGACCCCCCCCACACACACACCUUUAUGUUAAUUGUGUAAUAUCAAUUUAAGGAAAUAAACGUCUGGAUUUGUUGA